CGGAGUUGGUCGCAGUUCUAAAUAAAAAUGCUACCUUUGUAGUGUUCGGGUGACACCGGGACAUUAACGGUGAAUUUAGUCAUAUCUGAAAUGCCUACUGGUGCUCACACCUGCCUUCCCCGUCGCUUUAAUGUGGUGAGCGCGGAUGAAGUCGCCAAGUUGUGCUACGAGCGUUUCAGUCAGCUUCCCCGCAGAGGGAAGCCUGAGCCGGGCAGAGAGUGGACCCUGCUGGCCGCUGUGCUCCAGAUCACCCGCGGAGCUGACUCUCAUUCAGUUGCUAUGGAGGUUGUUUCUCUGGGAACUGGGACCAAAUGUAUUGGACAGACUGCCAUGAGUCCCACAGGUGAUGUACUUAACGACAGCCACGCAGAGGUCAUUGCCAGGAGGGGAUGUAUUAGGUACCUGAUCCAGGAGCUGCACGGGGCUGUGAGCGGUCGGGGCAGCUCUGUGUUUUGUGCAGCAGAUGAGCGAGGAAAGUGGAAGCUUCGGCCCGGAGUUUCCUUCCUUCUUUUUACCAGCCACACUCCCUGUGGCGACGCCUCCAUCAUCCCCAUGACUGACAGCCAGCCUCAGCCCUGCCCUCCUGUCACAUCAGUAAAGGGCCAUGAACAGACUGAUGGAGGAGGAGACCUGAAAAGGAAAGCAGAGGAAUCCAGCGAGGAGCGAAUCUCUAAGCAGCCUCAUCUGGAGGAGACGGCAGAAAGAAAGGAAGAGGACAGAGGAGACACAGAACAGUGUGGAUCGCUGAACUUUAACAAAACAUCGGAAACACCCUCACAAACCAGCAGCUCUGCAGUCUUGGCUCAAACUGUUGGUACUGGCCUGCAUCAUCAGGUCUCAGACAUUCACAGAACAGGGGCCAAGUGUGUACCGGGUGGUCCAGCUGACCCUCUGCAGCCUGGGGUGGGGUAUCACAGUCCGGGCGUUCUCCGGGUAAAGCCCGGCAGAGGAGAGCCAACUCUCUCCCUCUCCUGCAGUGACAAGAUGGCCCGCUGGGGGGUGCUGGGCUUCCAGGGUGCACUGCUGUCCCAUUACCUACAGGAGGCUCUGUACUUCAGCACCGUGGUGGUGGGAAAGUGUCCAUAUGACCAAGAAGUCAUGCAGAGAGCUUUGGUUACAAGGUGUGCCUGUGUAUCAGACCUCCCUGCCGGUUUCGCCGUACGUCCACCCGAGCUGCUCCAGGCCACGUUGGAGUUUCCUUUCAGCCAAGCCCAAACUGAGCUCCAGCACCAGGCCGGCCAGGGCCGCAUCUCCCCCUGCGGGGCAGCCAUCAGCUGGUGUAACGUAACAGAGCAGCCACUAGAUGUCACCGCUAAUGGCUACAAACACGGAGUCACCAAGAAGGCCCUGGGAACAGCAAAAGCCAGGUCUGUUCUGUGCAAAUCAGAGCUUUUUCAUUCCUUCUUGUCUUUGGUGUCGGCCACCGAUCCCUCGGCUCUCCCCGACUCUCUCAGGAAAGCAGAGCUGCAGACCUAUUGGGACUACAAGCAGGCCUCCCAGUCGUACCAGCAGGCCUGGCAGCAGCUGCGCAGUCAGGCAUUCCCUCUGUGGCCGCGCAGUGACAGAAACCUCCUCCUCUUCCACUGAAAACUCACUCUCGACAGGCUUGAUGACAAAGCGGCUUUGUUGUAUGAGAAACUCAGAGGUCAAAGGUCGCCCAAGGUUUGACUUUGUGAAACUCGGAUUUCAAACAUGCUGCAGAGAACAGAAAGGAUUGCAGCACCCUUUUAAUAAAAGGACAAGCUUGGCUUCUUUAAUUUGCGCUGUCUUUUUGCUCUCUUCCUGUGUGUGUGUUGGCUCAGCUGGUCUGCAGUGCAGGUUUGCCUCAGCAGGAUGCUCUGCGCUGUCACGCUGUUUGAAACUGUUGGUAAUGCAGCACACACGAUGGCUUAUUUUCACAGUGCAUGUUGUGGCUCCAGCUGCCUGGUGUUCUUAAAAACGCACAGCCAUUUAUACCUGCACAGGAAAACACAGCCUCCAGUCUCACUCCUAGUUUGAAUGCGUCCUGCAUUAAAAACAUGAAGAUGCCCCAGAAGUCCCAGACUAUGUCAAAAUUUGGAAUCAAAGGAAUUGCUUUAGUUGGUUUAUCAGGUUGAACUUGCAAACUCUGGGAAAAGCUUUCUAAUUUCAUCGUAAGGAAACGACCAGCAGUUACUUUCUGGCAGUGGUUUGAACCCUGCAAAAACGUUUUCGCACCAGUUUGUUAACUCGGCCUGUGUAGGACACAUUGUUGUGAAGAAAAAGGUAAAGCUGCACAUUUCUGCACAAACAGUUAGGUCGUUCAUUCAGGACCACGGUGCAGGGACAGAGGAUCAGUUCAGUUGGUGAUGUGGCUCAGCUGAUUCCUGCUAUUUCCUCUCUGCUAAUGACAAACAGCACAUGGCGGCUUAUGUCCAGGAUGCCUUCAAUUCUCUCAUUCUCAUUCUUCAGCAACUUUGAGCUGUUUUCCUCACCUCCAUCGUAGAGAUGUAGAGAACUGGGCUGCAGACAUCUGCUUACAUCAGGGCAAAAAGUGCAAGCUUGCCUGUAGCUCAGGGAAAAAAUAACCACAGGUCGUGGCAUAUGGCUGCCUCUCCCUGCACCUGGUUUCUUCCUGGUAAAAGGGAGUUUUUCCUUCCCACUGUCACCAAGUGCUUGCUCAUAGAAAGCUGUGUGUUUUCUCUGUAUUAUUAUAGAGUCUUUACCUUAAGAUAUAAAGC